AUGUGCUCUACGAGGGCUGCAAAGUUUGUGUUUGGAGGGAACAGGUCCAGGCGGAAGUUGACGGCCGCUGAGAUUUGUGAAGUCAGCUUUGACAAGCGGCACAACCGGUACGCGCUUGCAGAUCAGUAUCAGUGCAGCCCACAAACAAUCCGGCGGUGUUUCGUUACAGCCUCACAGGCACUCUUGGAAGCCCAGCUGCAUUUGUUGAAAGACCUCCGGAGCUUUGUGUUGACUCACAAACCAGACGUGGCGGCAGCGUGUCUUAUGUGGGAUGAAACCGGCCAAACCCUAGCUCUUGAUGCAAUUGACAGAACCAGCCGUUGCCAGCAGCGCUCAACCUGGAAUGUGUUGGUGGGGCGUCUGCAUUUCACGAUUGGGUAUCUCAAGGGUCCUGGCGUUAAAUUAUACCGGGAGGUGGUUUUUCCGCCUCUCCCCCUCAGCACAAACAGCGCAGAAUCGAUCUUCAACGGUUUGUUCCAGCACCCACUUUCGAAACCUUUGAUCGAGCUGACGCAAGAGAUACUUGCAGCAAGCCGACGUUCAAUUACCGCCUUCGAGACUGAUGGGCACUUGGCCAACGAGAAGUUGUUUUUCCAUUUUCACAACGAAAGCAAGCAAGAACAUGAGCAGAAGAAACGCCAGAUCGAUGAGGCGGCUGCUGAUGGUCAGUUCAGCUGGACAGAUUCAAUGCCCCGGCUGAGCGAGCAGGCAUUGUGCCAAAAUCACCAGGUCAAUUUGGUGUUCAACGAUGCAAUCCGUGCUGCGCCGCGGACAGAGUCAACGGGAGGGGACUUGAUUCCCAACUUAUACGCAGGGACCCUUUUCCUCCGCAUGGGGGGUCACUUCUUGCGCCUCAUUGCCUCCCUUCGAGUCCACAUUGAUAACCCGGGCUUCUUCCAGUGGCGCCAAAAUCCGAGCCAGGCAGACUUGGAUCGUGGCCGAUCUUUUCGGAACGAGGUGAGUGCGUAUCUGAAAGCCAAUCUGAGGCACCACGACCGGCAGAUGACAGCAGUUCCACGAGCCCACGACUGGGUAAAGCUCGAGAAAGAGAUAUCUCAUUGUUUCGACAACGUCUUGAACGGCUGCGGUUGGGAUCAUGGGGUCCUGGUUCAUCAAUGCGUCAAUUCCUGCUGCAAGACACGUCGAGAGGCGCAGGACAAGGUCCUGCUUGCAGCCACACAAAUCCUUUUUCGGGUGGUGCCUUGCCUUCCACUCACCUCCGACUGGACGAAGAUAGGGCCUUGUCUCGAUGCCUACAUCAGCAUGGACUUUCACGGACUCUUAGGAUUCCUCCUCCAACAAUCCGGGUGGGCCCACAAACUGCCACAGCGAGCCGAGGACGAGGAAGCGGAUGCGAAGGUGGAUUGGCGGGCACUUGCAGGACGUCGCUUCCACAGAUUCUGUAAAGUCAUGAGUUCGCACGAAGAACGCUUCGAAAGGGUGCUACUCGCCAUAGCGGUUGAACCUUUGCGUCACUUGCACUCAACUUUCCUUGCUUUCGCACACUCAGCAAUCAAUGAGGAGGCUUGGCCCCUGCUUUUGCGAGAGCUCUGGGCUCCUUCAUCGAAGUACAUCUCAGUCAUGCAGUAUUAUUCCGCAUUGUUAGCCGGCCAGGGCUCGCGGUUGCUUUUGCUUGCGGGACUCAGUGGGCAUGAAACAGUUGAAUCUUGGAUUCUGGCAUGCCCCGGUGAGGCGUCCUCUGCAAGGAGCCGGUUGCUCAUGAUCGCAGCUUCCCUUCACCGCAGGUAUGAGACGACUGUGGACCGCUACCCUUGGCGGUUGUACAGCCUCGCGGACCCAAGGUGCUGCGCUGAUCAUGAGCGCAUUUGCGCAGAGUUCUUCAAGAAACCUGCGUGCUGCCACUCGCCCGGGGUUGCACGUGAGAUUCGUGAAGCCCUCACAGCAGAGACCUUUCAAUCAGACUUGCCUUCCGUGCGGUGGCUCUUCCUUUUGCAUGCCAUGAUUAUAAAGUUCACAGUUGCCUCGGUGGAGAGAAGGCAUGCGACCCACAAAUCGAUUGCCGACCCCGGUAGCCCGUGGUAUUGCUUUGCUGCUGAGUCAGUUCUUGCCGAGGCUCGGCAUCAAGCGCAAGCAGUUGAACGCAUGGAGCAUGAGCGUGAGUUGCGAAAGGUCCAGAGCGCUCUGGAUGCUGGCCAAACCAAACGCAUCAAGAUCAAGAGAGAUCAGAAGGAAAAGCGGCCAAAGGCCAAGAGUCCUCUUGAAAUCUUCAGGGCUGACUGGCUGCGUGCUGAGAAGGAGCGUGGUAGAAUCUGGAACCCUGGCUCACGUGAAUGCUGGCAGAGCUGCCGCCAGGCCUUUGAAAGCCUCGUCCCAGAUCAGGUGUCCCAACUGCAGCUUCGAGCCCAGGCCUCCAAGGUGCUGGCAAGCGUUGCAAGGAAAAAGAAGCCACGUGCUGCGCGUGCUGGUGGCUCGCUUCCGGUCAGAGCUGGAGCUGAUGCAUCUAGCCAUGUGCAACCGCUGCCCAAUUGCAAUGUUGAUUCUGUUGACCCUGCCAGCUCUGCAGCAGACCCGCUCGCUUCGUUGAUGCAAGAGGCAACGGACGGAGCACUUGCUUUGGCCCCAGUGCGGGCUGGCUGUUUCCCAGGCCCUCCGGUGCCCAAACAUCUGGGUUGCAACAGUCUCCAGGAAUCAGUGGUGCAACAAGCUUCAAGAAGCGGCCUAGACGCUGCAGAGAAGUUUCCCAUCUCACAGAGCAUGAUCAAGAGCCGCAUGAGCGCAUCAGACUUCAACUUGAAGAGAGACGUGGCAGACUUUGCCAGGAGAUCGAGCCAUAUUGCAUCGGGGCCUUCUGUCCCACACAAGGUUUUGUAUCCAGGUUCCUGUGGUGCACUUUGUCGCACGCACAGCACAACGCGCGCAAUCGGCUUUCAUGCGAAGUUGGUGUCCCUGUUGCACGGCAUUGUGAAGGAGUGUAGUCCCACCGUGAGGCGUGUUCCGGAUGCUGGCGUAGUGCUGGUCGUGCAGAGCUACCUUGAACCGCCUCAGCCGGAAGCAGAGGAAGCCGCCGCUGAUGGCGUGUUUUUCUUCGCAGUGGCUUGCUCUGCAGGCAGACAGGCCAGAGUUGUUGCAGCUGCAGACUGCGUGGGCCAGACAGUGGAGCACAAGAUGUGUUGCUGCACCGAAGAUGAGUUGGCGGCCCGGGUUUGUUUUGCAGAAGGAACACCUGUCGAAUUCGUGCGGAUCUGUCGGCUGGAGUGGGUUUUUGCUGGGGCUCGAUUGGAUGCCUAUGAAAUCAGGGGUGUGCAAGCUACAUAUGAAGCAGUGGCCCAGCCAGAAGCACCACAGAGACGGCAGCAAAGGCAGCCGGUUCAGCACGAAGACGAAGUUGCACAAUUUGACAUGCUUGAGGACCUCCUGCAGGAGCACAAGCCUGCCAGGCGCAAGCAAGAGCGCAGACAAGCUGUUGCACCUGUAGCUGCAGUGGAAGAGUUCGAUCCGCUUGAGCUUGAUCGUUUGCAUGUGACGGAUGCAGAUGCCUGUCCGCGCCGUGAAGAACUUGAGGAUAUGGAAGAGGAUGCGAGGCUGUUUUUGCAAGGCCUGCAAGGUCCGGAUGAUGAUUGUGAUGAGGCUGAGGUGCCUGAAGCUGCUGUUCCUGAAGUUGAUGCAGUGAUGCCAACUGGUGCCGGGGGACAAAUAGGUGUGGGUCCGAGUGUGGGUGAUGUGCAUCCACAGCCGCCCCCAGCUGUUCCUCAGACAGUCAGUCUUGAGAGUCUUCCGAUUUUUGACAAUGGUUGCUGGCACUAUGUGCGUAGAAGUGAUGGUAGCUCUGUUGGCCGGCUGCACCACAUUGCAUCAGCUCAAGGAGCGUCCUUGAAGGCCACGUGCAAGCUGCACAAAGGCUGUCAUUGCAUGAUCAGUUUGCCUCAGCUUGGGUCCGAACGGCUGGCGAGUGUGAGUCAGAGACUGGGCAGGCCGCCACAGUUGGAAGACGUAGAGAUGGAUUUGGUUCAGUGGCUUUCGAAUGGCCUGAGCAUGACCGCGACGCAGCAUGAUGAUGAUGGCCGUGAGAUGAGAGCCACUAAGUGGCAUGUGAAAGUUCGUGCCAAACGUUGA